AUGGCAAAUAAUAUAAGGAUUUACCACCAUAUUGCAUCCUUGAAGAGAGGUGUCCUUCGGUCAAAGUGGAAGUUUAAUCGAAGCACUGACACUGUACUUGAAAAUGCCCAGUCAAGGUUAAAUCAAAGCACUGUAGUUGGGAAGGAAGAUGCGACGGAAGAUGAUGCAAGGAUUUAUCAACCUAUUGUAUCUUUGAAGAAAGAUGUUCAAUCAAGCUUAAAGUUUUAUGAACGUAUUGUAUUUGCGAAUGGAGAUGGGAAGGAAGAUGAUGCAAGGAUUUAUCAACAGAUCUCUGGAGAUUGUAUCAAUGGUAGAAUUACUCCGGAUUGGUCAGCUGCUGUUGAUCUAUACGGCCUUCAAGGUUGUCUUUUGUUGUACAUUAUUGGAAUGUUCAUCCUCACUGCUUAUCGAAUUCGCCAAAAACUCCAGGCAAGCAGGAACAUUGCACAGAAAUCGAAAAUUGUUAAGCGUCGCAAAUUUGUCAUAUUGCCCAAGCUGUCAACCACUACAGCCUUAAGUUAUUGGUUUCCUCUCUUCAUAUCUAGAAUCGUGGAUUUUGAUUUCGACAUAAAGAUAGCGUUGUAUACUGUAACGUUGCUUACUGGUGCCUACAUUGGUAUUGCGUUUGUCUUCACACGAAGAAAUUAUCAGUUGUUGAAGAAAAAAUAUUUCCCAGCAAAAAAUAAGCCGCCAGUAAACGAAAUUCCGCUGAAUAGACUAUAG